AUCUUGUACAAACGUUGACUCUUUUCUUAUAGAAUCGCUCAUGGGUCAAGUCCCUGUAUUCGCAAAUUCUCACUUUCGCGAAAUCCCUAAAAUCCUCAAAUACAUACUUUUAUGUUUCUGUAACUAUACAUAUAUAUAUAUACACACUGUUACACACACGUAUUACUGAACUAUAUAACGUCGGCAACAGCUAAUACGCUAGAAAAGCUCACUCAAACCACUGCAUAGCUUAUGAAAUCUUCCGUACGCACAAAACGCCUAACGCGGACCCAAGUGAAUUCGCCGGAAACGGUCGAGGUCGCCGGCGAAUCGAAGCGGCGUAAGAAGAUGGAGAAGAAGAAAAGUAGCGACAACGGAGAGCAGCAGAACCGCCGUGCGCCGCUGGCGAAGGUGGUUUCCGAUUGCCUGUCGCGGUGGUUCCAAGACACUCUCAAGGAGGCCAAAGCUGGGGAUGUAUCCAUGCAGGUAUUGGUGGGUCAGAUGUAUUUAAGCGGUUAUGGCGUUCCCAGAGAUACCCAAAAGGGAAGACUUUGGGUGACGAGAGCUGCAAGAGUUCGAUCCUCAGUUUGGAGUGUUAGCAAUAAACGUCCAGGUUACAAUGCAAGUGAUUCCGAUUCCGAAGAGUUGGAGGGUGACUCUUGAUUAGACCAACUGUAAAAGUCCCUGGCUUUGUGACUGUUCACUCACAAUGAAUGUUCCUGUGGCAAUCUCAUACUUUUUGAAGUUAAAUUUCUUGAUUUUAUCCAGAUUUAUGAUGUCCAGGAGCUCAUCAUUGUACAAUUAUUUAUUAUCGUAGGAUAUUAUUUCAUUUGCACUUUAUAUGCUACAAUUUUUUGUGGUAUUCAUAGGAUAUUAUUUUUUUUGCAAUGGAUUAAGAACCUGAGGUAUUUUUAGAAUAGGGAAGAAAUCCGGAUGUAAUUGUUUAGGGAGCUGAUUAUUUGGCUAUUCACUUUCAUUCUCUCUCUAAAUGAAAUUACAAAUUAACCCUUACACCA